AAAUGUCCAAAAUAAAAGACUUCAAAAUCAAAACACCUACCUACACUUAAAUAAUAAUAAAAACAUCGUAAUACUUAAUUUAGGAAGCGUUAGCGAUUGUUCUGAUAUAAAAUAAGCUGAAAAUGUUGUCGUCACCUUUUCGCUUCCCUGCAAGUACCAUAAAACAUACGAAGCUUUUAUCGAGUUUACCUCAAGAGCCGAUGCUGCUGAGGGCUCUGGGCGCCCAACAGAAGCACCAGUCGACCGUCGACCCGCAAGAUGUGCAGAAACACACUGACCUGAAGUCCCAGUGGUGGGACACUACUGGCCCUAUGAAAGCUUUACAUUCCUUCAACCAUGUGCGGGUACCAUUCAUUAGAGAUGGGCUGGUCCAGAUACCUGUUAAAGAAAGGACCACAACUCCACUGUGUGGACAAUCAGUACUGGAUGUGGGGUGCGGUGGGGGGAUCCUGUCUGAGGGGUUGGCCCAGCUAGGAGCCAAGGUCACAGGCAUAGAUGCAAGUAAGGAGCUGAUUGAGCUCGCCCGCACCCACAGUGCAGGCAACACCAAGCUGCAGGAGAACCAGCCCACCUACUGCUGCUGUCCCAUUGAGGAGCACGCGCCAGCACACACAGGCUUAUACGACGGGGUGGUGGCAUCAGAAAUAAUCGAACACAUAGACAACGACAAGAAGGAGUUGUUCAUCAAGUCCUGCCUCGACACACUGCGGCCGGGCGGGCGCAUAUUCUUCACCACCCCGGCUAGGUCCAGUCUCUCGAGGGUCACGGUGGUGUAUAUGGCGGAGUACGUUCUGAACAUAGUGCCGCGUGGAACCCACGAUCACAGCAAGUUCAUGACACCGACGGAACUCACGUUUUUGUUGGAGAGAAAUGGAUGUCACGUCGAGAUGGUCUUAGGAUUAUGUUACAAUUUCGUAACAAAUCGCUGGUCCUUCACCAAGAACACAUCACUACAAUUCGCCCUCCAAGCUGUGAAGAAUGCGUAAAUAUGUACAUAGUUUAUUUAUUUAUUUAGUAGUUAGAUUAUAAUGCAAUGUUUAAAGAAAUAAAUAUUUAUAAAAUCUUUA